AUGAAGCCAGUAAAGCAUCUGUUGACCUCUAGUAGUAAAUUGGUAAACGUUCCAGAAUUAACAUUUAAAAAAGGACUAUUUAAUUCACCAUUGUCACCUAAACCAAAGGAAAAACAUAGUGCAAAAUUAGCACGUGAGAAACUUGAACCGAUGGUCUUAAGAUCUCCACCAACAGGAGAAUCCAUUGUAAAGUAUGCUUUGCCCAUCCCAUCAAGUAAGACAAAGGAGUUAAUAGCAGAAGAUGAAUUGAUCAGGAAAAUUACCAAACAUCUGAAGAUGGUGGUUUCUACUUUGGAAGAAGCCUUUGCAUAUGGCACUCAAAAUGGAGAAAAAGCAGUUGUGAAGCCUGAACUUGAAGGAUUAGCCUUUUCUGUUGGGGAUGAUCUGACUUCAUUCUUAAUAUGUUGUUCACAAUUUGCAACUCAGUUAGAAGAAGCAGCUAAGGAAGAACAUAAUAUUUUGGAAUCUCUGUUUAAGUGGUUUCAGCGACAGGUCAAUCAGAUGGAAGAGAUAAGCAAAGAUCAAACUUUUUCAGAAGCAGAAUUUCCAAGUCCUGAUAAAACAGUCAGUUUAAGCAUUGCACAAAUAGUAAAGCAGGUACACAAACUUGAAGAACUGAAAAAUCGCCUUAAAGAAGGGUCUAAAUACAGCUUCAGAGAACUGUUGUCUAAACCCAAGGAUAGGGAAAUGCCACCAGAAGAUGUGCAAACUUAUGAAACUGUGAAGCAGAAAAUUGAAGAAUUCAUAAAAACAUACUCAACUGAAGAAAUUGCAGAUGUUUCUGUGACUGAGCCACAAACUUCUCCUGUAACUAAUCAAUUGAAUACCAUGUUGAAAAUAUUUGAAAAUCAGGCAAAUAAAUUAGAAAGAGCUAUGAAUGAGCAACUGAUGUUAGAGGCUAAAUACACACAGAUUCAAAGUAAUCUCCACAUAUUAUCAGAGGAGAAAUUAAUGCUGGAAAAUGAACUACAAAAGUUGAAAAGUACAGAGAAAACAAAGGCUACAAGUGAGCGAACAAAGAAAAUUAUGAAAACAGAGAAGAAAAAGGACAAAGGAAAAUCUGAAGAUUCAGAAGCGAAGAAGUCUGUAGGGAAAGAGCUUAAAGUAAAAGAAAAUGUGCCUCAAGUCCAGAAAGUAGCACAUGCUCUGGAAAUUGAGAACAAAGUUCUUCGGGAACAACUGAAACAAGCUUUACAGGAAGCUGAAAGAGCUAAGCAGCAACUUGCCUAUUUCCUAAAUCAAGAAAAGGAAUUACUUAAAAGUGAGGCAAAGACCAAGACAACCACAGAAAUGGGUACUGGUAAAUUAAAAGUUAAAGGUGAAGAUUCAAAAUAUAUACCAUUGGAAAAUGAAACAAGAAAAGCAGUAGUGGGAGAUCCAGGUGGACAAAAAACAAAUGAUAAAAUUACACAUCCACAGAUCCUCAAGUCUCAAGAUGGAUCACCUUUUUUAAAGACUCCAAGUGAAGGUUUAACUGAUGAAGAUCUGUCCCAUAUACUUUCAUCAAAGAAUUAUGAUAAAACAUUCACAACAAUGUUAUGGCAUGAAGAAAUUAAAGAUGCACAGUCUGUUGGAAAAUUGCUUCAAGGGAAUGAAAUGUCUGCAGCAUCAUUUAUCUCACCCUCUGUUGUUAAAAGAAAGAUGCUGGGUACUGACAUCUCAAAGGCUGAUAUUAUAGAAGAGAAUUUACAAACUAAGAUUGAAAAACAAACUUACCAAGAAGCAAGAGAAUUUCAAGCUUCUGGGAAAGAAUUAGAUGAAAAUCCUCUGUUUAAGAAUGAAACACCAUCAGAAACUAAAAAUCGGUUGUUGUAUCAGGGAACUACUAGAGCAAAGAGACGCAAUGCAUUUCUUAUAACUGAGCCAAAAGCUUUGAUUAUUGAUGAUCAAUUGCAUGAGGAUAUAGCUUCAAUUUUAAACAGGCAGUCUCAAAUUAGCCAUGAAGCUUCAGGAAGUGGCAGUUUUAACAGUUAUGAUAAAGCAUCGUAUGAAAAGGUUAUGCUUAACCAUCAGGAUUCUGUGUCAAAAACCGAAAUGCAAGUAAAGAAGCAAAGAACUCUCAAAAAGGAAAGACUCUCUACUCAUGAUGGUGUAUCAGAUGAAAGUCCCAUGUUUACGCAGCAAGACUUAAAGUUAGAAACAGAAAUUCAUGUAGAGAAACCAAAAUCUUCUGGAUCUGAAAGUGUCAUGACUCAUGAAAAAAUAUCAGAUACAAAUCUUAUGCAAGACCAUCGAGAAUCAACGUCAAAAAGCCAAAUGAUGGUAAAGCAGCAAGAAGAGAAAAAACACACUCAGGAUGAAGUACCAGAUAGAAACCGUAUUCUUGAUCAUGAAGACUCAGUGUCAAAAUCAGAGAUUCAAGUGAGGAAACCAAGCUUGCACAAAGGGGAAAGACUUACUGCUCCUGAUGAUGUGCCUGACAAUGCUCCUGUGCUUCAGCAUCAAGAUUCAGUGUCAAAACUCCCAGUGCAAGUACAGAAACAGAUAACUUCCAGAGGAGGAGGACAAAGUACUCCUGAUAAAGUGCCAAGUGGAAAUCUUGUACUUGAAUAUGAAGAUUCAGAGUUAAAAAAACAAGCACAAGUAAAGAAACAAAGAACUUCCAUAGGAGAAAGACUCAAGACUCAUAUUGGAGUACCAGAUAAAAAUCUUAUGGUUUUUAAUCAAUAUCCAGUGUCAAAACUCCAAACGCAAGUAGAGAACCAAAUAAAUUACAGAAGGGAAAGGAGUCAGAGUUUUUAUGGAGCGUCAGGUCAACAUCCUCUGCUUGUGGAUGAAGAUUUAGUUUCAAAACCCCAAAAGCAAGUGAAGAAACAUAUAGGUUCCCCAGAGGAAAGACACUAUAGUAAGUAUAAUAAUUAA